UUUGUGUAGCUUCUUCAGAAGUCCUUCUUCGUCUCUGUCUUCUUCGUAAUCCUCGUUAUUCCUCAUGUUUCAUUGCACAAUAUCCCCUGUAUGUUCGUAUGGUCGAACGGCUGGAAUUAGCCGUUUAAGCUAAUGCUACCGUUAUAAUCUUCACUUGUUUCCUGUCCUGACUAAAGCGACGCCGUACAUUUUCAACCAUGUCUGUUAUUUCAACUCUCAUUUGACUAAGAAAAAGUUAAAGCAUGUUUCCCCACAGACAGGCUCAGACUUGCGACAACACCAACCUACCAAUAAAAUAUCAAAAUGCAAAGUUCAACGGUUAAAAUCAUCCUUUUCAUUUUAAUAUAAUGAGGUAGUCUAGAUAAAAUCACUAAAUAUGUAGCUUUUUCAUGCGUAAUUUUGAAUGCAAGAUUUAUGUUACCGAUUUAACAUUUUUAAAUUUUAUAUUUAUGUAUUUAUUAGGUGAAGGUAACUUUUUUUUUUACCCCCCCAACACCCCCCAGUCCAGAGUUGACGCUGUCGGCCAUCUACCGGUAGAUUUUAAAGCUCUUCUUGCGUCCAUCUGCUGAGAAGCUUUAUGGAGAUUCGAAUUUCCUUUUCCAGCAGGACUUGGCACCUGCCCAGAAACUGGUUUGCUGGCCAUUGUAUUACUGUGCUUGACUGGUGAGCCAACUGGUCUUGCUUGAACCCUAUGGAGAAUCUCUCACAUGUUGUCUAGAAGAAGAUUUAAAAAAAACCCAGCCUCAACAAUAAAGACGAGCUGAAGGGUGCUGAGCAACCAGGGCUGCAUAACACCCCAGCAGUGCCACAGACUGAUUGACGCCAUGCCAUGUUGUAUAGAUGCAGUAAUUUGUGCUAAAGGAGCUCCAACCAAUUACUGAAUGCAUAAAUGAGCAUAAUUUUCCAGAAGGUCAGCGUAUCUGUACUAUAAAUCUUUUUUGGACUGGUGUGUGAUAUUCUUGUAUCUUUUAUCUGUGAGCUGUAAGCUGUAAUCAUCAACAUUAAAACAAAAGUCUAGAAAUAUGUCACUUUGGAAUGAUUCAUCUAGAAUUUUGGAUUCAAUCGGGGGGGAAAAAAACAACAUUUUUCAUGAUAUUCUAUUCUUUUAGACGUACCUAUAGGUCCUUUGAAGUUCAUUGGCUGAAAUGUUCUUAAAAUAACUGUUGCAAAAAUCAAUAUGCAUGAAUGAAUGAGGUAAGGGGACUGUUCAUGCAAAGGUAUCUUUUUUUUUUAGCUUGGGCAUUGUUUUUUUGGGCUUGGUUUCCAAAGAAGCGGACAAGGACUUGAUAUUCACAUAAUAUUUAAAUAUCUUACAUUAAUAAAAUUGUAGCCAUAUCCUUUAAUUCAAAAAGGCCAAAUAGUUUUUGAAAGGGGCCUCUGAAAAUGAGUUCUAUAGCUAAUUUAUCACAAACAAAAGCACAGAGAGAUUCAAACCCUUGUUGAUGAUGUCUAAUAAGAAAAUUAUGUAAUUUCUACUCUAUAUGUGAAAAAAAAUCUCUGAUUGCAUUUUUAUUGCAGUUUAGUUGUGUACAUUUGCAAUACCAUAAAAUGAGCCCCACUUUGCAUCCAUCUCCAUACCUCCAGCUGAGAGCUUUUAUCUAACAGCCUCAUCAAAAAGCAUCCUCUAUCCCAUUACUGCAUGCAGAUCACAGACCAUGUAUAAACACUUCCUCAGAGCAAAACUAAUGCUGCAGUGAGCUGCAGAAAGAAAAGUCCCACCCCUUGAUUUUUUUAUGACUCGCUUUUCUAGAGUAGUGAGAGAGAGUGAGUGAGUGAGAGAGCAGAGUGAGGAUGUAGAAGAGUAGUGAUGCAUUGGUACCCAGUCCUGUGAAGAGGAUGAACAUGCUGAGGACUAAUCAUCCAGAAAGAGGCUCUUUUUGUGUAAAUAUGGCAAAGAGAAAAAGUAAACUUCUUUCUGCUAGGGAACAUACAUAGGGGAAGAUGUUUUUGCUGGAAAAAAAGCUGAGACUAGAAGUUUCAACAUCCAAUUUAAAAUCUGCAUGAAGGUAAGAAAGAUCUGUGAGGAGUAAAGAUGGUUUCCUCUCCUGGUAUCAAACCUCGGGAGCAUGUGGAUAUGGUUUACAUCUCCAUCGAGACAGCCAUCGCCCUGGCCUCGGUGCUGGGGAAUGUGCUGGUGGUGCUUGUUGUGUGCGUGAACCGGGCUCUCCGCAACACCACCUUCUGCUUCAUCGUGUCUCUGGCUGUAGCGGACAUCGCUGUGGGUGUUCUGGUAAUCCCUCUGGCCAUUAUCAUCAGCCUGGGAUUUCACACUCAGUUUUACACCUGCCUCUUCCUGUCCUGUCUGCUCCUCAUCAUCACCCAGAGCUCCAUCCUUUCUCUGCUGGCCAUCGCCAUCGACAGAUAUCUGAGAGUCAAGAUCCCUACCAGGUACAGCACCAUAGUGACCCAAAGGAGGGCAUACGUGGCUGUUUUUCUCUGCUGGAUCCUCUCCUUCCUGACUGGAAUAGUUCCCAUGACUGGAUGGAAUAAUCUGGACACUCACAGAAACCUCAGCAGCUCCAGCAGCAUCGUCUGUGAGUUCAUCACCGUCAUGAGGCUGGACUACAUGGUGUACUUUAAUUUCUUCGGCUGGGUGGUGGUGCCGCUGUCUAUAAUGAUCGCUCUGUACGCCGAGAUCUUCAGGGUGAUCCGGCGGCAGCUGAACCGUCGUGCUGAGGCCACGUGUGAUACAUCUGAUAGGGACCGGUACUAUCAGAAGGAACUGAAACUGGCCAAGUCUCUGGCCCUGGUGGUCUUCCUCUUUGCCGUGUGCUGGCUGCCAAUACACAUCAUGAACUGCAUCACAUUCUUCUGCCCGGACUGUCACGUACCCAAGUUAGCCUUUUAUAUUGGGAUUUUCAUGUCCCAUGUGAACUCAGCACUCAACCCGAUGGUGUAUGCAUUCAGGAUAAAGCAUUUCCGUGUCACACUGAUCCAAAUCACUCGACGCUGCAUGUUAUGUAAGCCUGCAGAGCCAACGCCAUGCACCAGCACACCAGCCCUGGAGAAAGUGGAAAUGUGACUAAGACCUCGUGGUUCAGCUAUGGCUCUCAGUGGAUUAUAAGGAACUUUAAUUAUAAGGAACUUGGAUUACUUUCUCAUAAAGAAAAGCACCCAAUUCAUGUGAAAGUUUGUUCCUGACCCAUUAAUAUUUGGGUGGCAUUGAGAUUUGGAAAAAGCUGAGCCUGCAAUCAAAAAAUGGAACAGCCCCAUCAGCCUGCAGCAUCUGUUUUAUUUGAAUGCUUUUUAAUUGAUUCAUA